CGAAUUUUCUCAGCGGAGACUGGCACGGGUGACUCGUUGAUCGACAAAUUUUUUCUCCUUACAUACUUCAAUAGCAGCAGUUUUUAUCAAGUAUUGAGAAUUUGAUAUAGAUCAGUUCACUGAAUUUGAGCAGAGGCAAAGCAAUUGUUGGGAGGAGUGAAGAUGGCGUCUAAUAGUACGGCGAAGACCACGUGCAUUAGCUGCGAAGAUUUCUUUACUUUACAUCGACCUCAGUUUCUUUCCAUCGGCUUACCCGAGCAAUUAUGGGAAAGGCUUUACAAAAAGCUAACUCCUAUUGCAAGCUGUGACACAGCAGAGGUUUUGAGGUUCGCGAAGGAGGACAAUUUGGUUCCCCGGGUCGUUGGUCUCUUCACGCUAAACGUGCUUUGCAGAAAUUCAGCGACGUGUUUCUUAUUGAGCACGCCUGGUCGAGUGAUGGAGGCUCGACAGCAAAGAAGAAUUUGGAAAAAUCGCCAGAACUUUUGGCGAGGAUGAAGGAAAUUAUGCAACGCCCUGAAAACAGCGCUAGCGAAAUUGCCUCGAGCGACGAAUCUCUGCUAGACAGCUCCCUGGUUCUUUCACAAAUUACCGGAAUAGAAAAGAAGAAAGCUGAAGAAGCUCUUCAAGCGAGUGGCAGUGAUCUAAUCGAGGCCUUGUGUCAAAUCACGGACGAUUCUUAUGAAAGUAAAAAGCCAUCGAAAUCAGACAGGUCAAAAAUUAUGGCCUUCGAGGAAUUCAAGACGGGCUUCCUUCACUCGGUUGGAAUGGAAAAAGCAAAGCUUCUCUCUAAGGAAUACGUGGAGAAAAUGUACUUAAGGUACAAACGAGAGAAGGAGCAAUACCCAGACUCUUUGUGCUUCGGAAAAGGAACAACCGCGCAGUAUAGUUGGCUCGAAGAAGACGAGGGCUCGAUGGCUGUUUUUGUUUCGAUUCCAGUAACGACCAAAAAGCGAGAUGUUGUAAACAAAUUGACAACGAAACGAUGGACUUUGGGCUUGAAAGGUUUUCCGCCUAUUAUUGAUGGAGAGUUUUACGGAAAUGUUUGCCCCGAUGAAUCGUUUUGGACGUUUGAUUGUCCCGGUUUGUUGGUUAUGACUUUGCAGAAACCGGAGAAUGAAGAAGCUGAGUUAUGGCCAGUAAGUUUUAAAUUUAUCUUACAAUUUUUAGCGCCAAGCGCCUAGCAAAGCGUGACACGGCUUAUUCAUUUCAAGAGGUGCAUAUUUUUCGCAUUUUUCUAUCGCGGCGUCAAAUCGCGAUCUCAACUGUUUGCUACAAGGUAUUUAUGAACUAAUUAUAUUUAACUUCUGAACAGCGACAAGUUUGAUGAAGCUCACUUUAGUUAUUGAAGCCAAUAUUAUCCUAAACAGAAAAUUUGAUGUUUUUUCUUGAGUGGCUUUGCCAUCAACUUUCAAGUGGUUAAAAACUGAUUCCUUAAUCAUUUCUGAUAUUCGUAUGUCCAUCUCGUUACAUUGUGUACAAAUUUACAGGCCUCAAGCAUAUUGCUAUACGUGAUGUCGUUUUGUAUUUCUGCAAUCAGUUCUGUUGUCUUCGUUUUGUUUUCUCAGAUAAGAAUUUUGAAAUACCAGAGAAUUUUUUCUCACUAAGAAAUUUUUGCCAUCUUGCAUAGUUAGUAUUUCGUUUCGUUUUUCUUUGAUCGCAAAACAAACACUUUAAAACACAGCUAAAUAAAUAUUCACUUCUCAAGGGAGUAGGUCUUGGUGUUACAAAACCACACCUGAUUGCCAUGUGAGAAAUAAAUGUUGCAUAUAGGGGUAUAAUAGCCUUUGAUAACACACAGUAACACCCUACUGAAAAUAUCCGUAAAAACGUUAUGGGGAAAUAAAUCACAUAUUUGACUUCCCAUGGUGACUGAUGAAUCACGCUGAAGGAUUCAUCUCGACAUGUUGUCUUACAGUAUCUCCUCGUGUUUAGGUCUCAGUUGAAAGCCUCAAUGGCAAAUGAAUAAAUUUUCUUUGUAACAAAAGCUGGAAUGCGUGAAUUGCAGGGAGACAAUCCGUGUGUUGAAAUGACAUAUGGAUGACAAUCAUCAGCUUGCAUUUUUCGCAUUCAGGGUAAAAUGAAUAGGUUUUUUGCAUUGUUGUAAGUCAUUUUAUUGAUAGGUAGCAGCAGAGUUUCACAAAAAGCUGACAAAUUAGAUUUUUAUAACACGCUUUGCACUCCUGUUGUCUUUGUCAAAAGGGUCUUGCAUUAAUGUUAAAUCCGUAAGUGCAACCACUUAAGUCAAAGCUGCUUAGCUGUACUUUAUUGCUCAUGUGCUUUUAAAAUUGACCUCUGGAGGAAACUGUAGAUUUCUAUCUUUUGAGAGAGAUAUAGCUUGGCUUUUUAUAUUCAGCAAAUACAUGUACCUCCAAAGUCAAGUUUUCUUUUAUUAAAGAUGUUUGAAAAUGAUGAUGUUGAAUGGAUUCUGAUAUAUAUCCCUCCAAAAAUUUUUUUAAAGAGAGCAUUGAUAAUAUUAUUGUUAUUCUUAUUUCUUAAAGGUGUACAUGUACAACAUUGAUUAGAUGCUGGUAAAAUAAUAUUCUCUGUUUCAUUAAAAGCAAUUUUGUAAGGGAUUCAUUUUUGCUAAAUUCCAAAAGGUGACCUUGGGUCAAGACUCUGAUAUGUAGUUGAUUUUUUAGGUGCUUAUGGGAGAAUAUUUUCCCCUGAUUUAAGACUAGCUUUGUAAGUUCUAGUUGGAUAUUUCAAAUCUGUUAUGACUGCAAAUUGUACUCUAUGAAUAAAUGGCACCUAAUUUUGGCAAAGUUUGUGUUUGCCAAAAGAAAAACAAACUUCCUUGCUCACGGAGGGAGACAUUGCAGCCUUAUUAGUGAGAAUGCAUGGCGACUAAAAAACCAAAGAAAAAAGGAAAGGGAAUUCGAAGUCACUGUGAUAGUGGAUGAAACAAAAUGGUACAGACUUCAGUGAAUUUGUUUUUGUACUGACUAAUAAAUAUUGUUUACUUGCAAAGUGUCAAUUAAAAAUGAUAUAUUUUUUUAUUAUGUAAUAAUUGUUCUUCUUGCUUAUCAGGUUUUAAUUAAAGGCGAGAAACACCUGACAGAAAAGGAAAUUUCAGAUCAGGCUAGAGACGAGGGUCAGAAAGCAGACUGUGAUAGGCAUGACGUGUUGGAGAAUAUGUGGUACUACAACCAGACCUAUUCAGCAGUCGGUCCAGAUGGAGUCAAGCAAGCACCUGUUUGGUAUGUGAUGGAUGAAUGCGGAUCAGCUGUUGUUCACUCCAGUCAUCCUAAUGUCAAGUGCUCACCAUUUGCUUUUGCUGUGACUGGGGUGUUCUAUUCUCUCCUUUGGCCUCUAGAAGACAUAAAUGUUGGCGAUGUUUGCACUAGAAAUUUUUGUCCUCAUUUGAGUAUGGCAGAACCACAGUUACAAAGAGAAGCCCGUCUUUUAGCUUUUAGUUCGUCGUUACCUGAUGUUAGUCCAAGUCAUUUUGUGGUUGAUCUGGCAAAAUUUCCUUCGUUACCAAGAGAGAACAAUAUGGUGGUAGAUGUCAAGUCGUUAUCAACACAGCCUGAAAGUGUCAACUGUUCCCUUUUGAAGGCUAAAAAAUUAAACUUAAAGUUCUUUUUGGAAAAGAAUGGCCGGGAGAAGAAGCCAGUUUUGAGAGAUUUGGGUUGUACUCUUGUAGAGUCUUUAACAGAAGCUGAAGCUCUGUGGUUAGAAAAAUGGAAUGUUUUGGGGCAAAGAAUCCAAAAUAAUGCAAGAAUCAACCGACUUGGAGGGGAGGAAAACCUUUUGCAUCGCCAUCUGUUAGCUGCUCAUGUGCAGGAGACUUGGGGAAAUGUACCCUGGUUCCCCAUGUCAUAUGACAUGUCUAUCCAUUUAUCAGCUUUGUGUGCUGACCAUUACUGCAGAGCAAUCUCCAGCUACUGGAUUUUACGAGCAGCAGAUCCAAGUUCCUUCAGUUUACAACCAAUUGUCACCAGUGAUCUGCGCAGGGUUUUGAGGUGCACAGAGAUGGGCCAUUUGGUGGCUUCGUACUGUAAGUAGAACAAUGCUAGGACAACGCUGUUGGCUCUGAACAAGGUCUUAAGUUUAUCCCCCUACUUACAUACAUUGCAUAUGAUUAGUGAAAGAUACUGCUGGCCAGCAUUGUUUCAUUGUUAACUUCCCCUUAAUUACAAUUAGGCAUUUAUCCUUUAGUCUUGAGCAUGCAUGUAGAUUUAGUAAAACUUUUUAAGGAAAAAGGACAUUUUUCUGUUAUUUUUGAUCUGGGAGUUCUGCCACCAUAAUCAGUGUAAAAUGUUGCCAUUGGAAGCAAAAGUUUAGCUAACAUUAUAUGUUCAACUAUAUUUUAGAUUGUGCUCGAACAGCAAUCAGCAAGAAGAGACGAUUCUGUCUACAGUAUGCAGUAACAGUGAAAUCGCUGGUGCCAUUAGAGGUCCUUGUGCAAAAUACUCCACACGUCAAGCUGGCAGAGAGGGAGAUAAACCAGAAUCAAUUCUUAGAUGAAUAUGAUUCUUCAGCUCUUCUUUCAUCCACGUCAGAUGUAAAGCAUAAUGGGGUGGUCAACCACAAGAUGACACACAGCGAAUUUUUAGCAGACUUCAGUGCAAAUUACUUGGUCAAGGGGAAAAUGUCAUGGGACGAUGUUCAGGCAAAGAUUUACAAGAGCAUUGGUAAGUUGUUUUAUGCUGUGGCACCAAGUCUGUGCUCUUUACAAGAUGGCAGCCGCACGGGAAGAGAUCUUUGUGCCGUGUAUGGUGUUGAUGUUCUCAUAAAAGACAAUUUGGAACCGCUUAUCAUCGGAGUGGAUCCCACACCAACUUUUGACAGUCCAAAGUGCUUUUCUGAUGUCCUUGUCACAGCAUUUGGACAGAACGGCGAGUGCUUGGACAGUGUAAACAUCACCCAAGUGUUUGUGAGGUAAAAUAAUCAAAGGGGACCUUUUGUUGUACAGGAAUAAAAGAGUACCGGGUAUUUAAUCAUCUUGAUUGAGAGUGUUAAUGUAACAAUACAAAAGUUGUGUAUAUGUAAAUAAUCACCCCAUUUACGUAAUCAAUGCCAUUCCCUGUAUGCAAAAUUGCUCUUUUUAAGUUUCUUCCCAUGAAUUACAGCAUAUUCGUUGUCACUGGGGAGCUUCACCCUUAUAAUCCCCAAUAUCGACACUCAAACUCUCCAGACUGGUGUGGAUGUUGCAGUUAAUUUUUUAUCUUUGGUAAUUUUUGUUUUUCUUUUGUUUGUGGUUAUGGUAAUGUAUGCCAAUGAAGUUGAAACAAAGGAAAAAUACAAAUUACCUGAGAUAAAAAAUUAAAUACAAUAUUUACAUUUCUUGCAUCUUAUUAGUUUCCAUAACCAUUUUUUUUUACUUUGUAUUGAUGUUGUUAUGAAAUAAUUUUAUUUUGGUCAUUCUUGGGACUUAAAGGGUUGAGCAACCACAACAACAAUGGCAAUGGCGUCAGAAAAAUAAUUGGCUUUAUGAGAAAAACAGCAGCUCUACACAAGCAUCACACGAUUUAAUACAUUUCUUUGGCAUUCACUGCAAAAUGAGGUAAAACCUCAUAUUGUGGAAUUUUCUGGAGGACUAGAACAUAUAACGACAAAUUUUCCUUUCUCUUUUAACCCUUUAAGCCCCAAUAUCCACAUACAAAUUCUCCAAAUUGAUCUCCAUACAUUUCCUUCAAGAAUUAGUUGAGAGAAUUUGUUAUCAGAUCAAAGCAUUUUCUCUUUAGUGAUCAUUUCAUAAAUUCUCAUAACUUUAUCUUUUGGCAAAGUAUGAAUAUUGUUGGGAGAAAAUUGAUGUUGGUCACCUUUGGGACUUGAAGGGUUAAAACCUGUAUAAAGUCCUUAAGAAUUCAACGCAGGAAACAAAAUGACAAAUGUGACAUGGAGGAGUAAUUUUGUUAUACAGGGAAGAAAAUGAUAAUGCAAAUGACUAUUUACUAACAAUAAUGAGUUUAUUUGAUUCUGCAUUAGUGAAGCUGACCUUGCAUGAUUAUGUCCAUACACAUAUAGAGCAAUAUUAAUGACUAAGAUUAGACGAGGAAUGCUAUUGCUAAAUAUAAUAUUUCUAGAACCCUGUGUGAUCAGCCGAUAAUAUGAAUGUUGUAACAGUCCAUUUGUUUGGUACAUGUACUGCUCCUCAUGCUUGAUGAUAAAAUUGCUGUAGGUUUCACAGUUGAUUAUAUUAGACUGUAUUAAAUCUAUCAUCAUGAAAAUAUUAGUGUUUUUUCCUCACCUACGUUAAAUUCCUUUACAAUACCCAGUCACAAAUUCAUUCUUAUUGUAGGAUAUAUUUACAUUUAGUGAUUACUCUUUUAUUUGUGCAUAAAGGUUUUUAGGUGGAUUUAAAGGGUAAUCAAUAAUUUAUGAUUCACCAUAUUUUGUACUAUUUUAUUUCUUCUCACUAACACAUGGCGCCAAUACGUACAUACAAAUGAAUAUAAUAUAUUGUUAUUUUUUCUUCGGCAAGAUCAGUGAGCAUUACUUUAUUUUUUUCUGGAUAUGUACAGUAGUGUGUCGUCAAAUUCAUAAGCCUGGCAUUGUGAACAACGUUUGCUUUAUUUUUUGAGUAUACUGUAAUUUGUUAGACUUGUGUCUCCUGUUUGUUUUCUUUUCCUAUAGGGAGUGAUCGUUUUAAGAGGUUCUCAAAAUUAGCCAUUUUUCAUUUUUCUGUAAUGUUCAUUAUAAUGAUGUCAUUUUCAUAGUUAAGAUUCUCUUUGCAGUAUGCAUGUCUGGAUUAAGAUACUUCAAGCUUGAAAGUACUAACUCAUUGCCUAACUUUUUGUAACCCAUAAUCAAAUUUAUUUUGUCCCUAUAUUUUGGUAUUGACUCUCAUUUUAGUCUAAAAUUGACUGGGUCUCUGAGUAAAGGUGCAAAAUUAUUUUAUAAGCCACAUUUGCAUGUGUCAAAACAAGAAAAUUUGUUUAGUAUUUUGCAUAACAUUUAAGACCCAGUCUUAAAAACUUGACACCUGUUUUAGUCAAAGUCGCAGUAUUUUUAUCGUGAGUCUGAAGAAUUUUUUUCAAACUCUGAACCCACUCAUAUGCAGUGACAUCGAGUGACUGGUUUCAAAGUUCUUAAUAAAAUGAUUAUAAAAUACCACUACUUUGCUGUAUUCAGCUGUGACAGCUGAACGUUUUCCACUAAGUAUGAUAAAUUGGUUCACAAGCUUUGAGCUGGCAUGAGAUACAAGUUUUUAAUCCACAAGCAUGAACUUGCUCCAAGAGAGAGUUAACCAGUUUAGAUUCAGUCCUAAGUUGUCAACAAAUCGUUUGUCCUGAUUAGUUAGUUUUACUUUUAUGAACACAUAAUCUUUUCAUAUCUGCAGCAAAAUGGUGAUCUUUCACCUUGAAAAACUUUAACUGGGUGGAAAAUUGUUCAUUUUGCUUUUUACUGGCUGUGUGACAAUUUAUAGGUAAUCUCUUUUGUCAUGUUUUGUGCUAACAAAGCAUAUUUCACAAUGUGCUGUUUUUUGAGAAAAUUUUUUUUACUGUCUAUACAUGUACUGGGUAUUUUACCUCUGUUUUGUUUUGUUUGUCUGCUUCUCCAUUUUCUUAAUAUUUAAGCAAACACCCUGCUUUAACACUGGAAGUUUGUCUUUGGACAGGUAGUGCAAAAUUAUUAAUGAAGUUGUGAAUUGACCCCUUUUUGGCUAUUCUUAGGAAACUUUUAUGAGCGUGAUUUACUAGUGUGGCUGUUGUUUUUAGACUUUCAAACAAUGGCUACAUUUGUAAAUUGCAAUUGUAAAGGUUUUAUUUAAGUGACCUUAGUGUAACUGUGAAUCUUUCAAUGCCUUUGCAUCCUUUUUUUUUUGCCAGCUUGUCCAAAAUGCAAAUAUUGUUGCUCUUACGCUCCACUUAUGUGUUGGUUUUUGAGUGGUAAAAUGUCAUCUGUUGUGGGGUUCCUGAAACCAAUUAUGUAACAUAGGUGAUUUUUUUUUUCAUGUUUUAACCUUAAUUUUUUAUUUGUGGAAAUGUCAAUUUCCCAUGGAGAAUAACAACUAUUACAAAGUUGUUUUUUUUUCCACUUUGUGAGGUGGCAAUUAGCACUUGGCCUGUCUUCAGUUCUAAAUCCUUAGGUUCUAGAAUAAAACAAUGACCCCUGCUGGUACAGCCAUGUAACUAAUACAAGUACUGUAAACUGCGGCUUAUAAGCCCUCCGCUUCCCCCCUUCUUAGUUAUAGGCCUGUCUACCUGUAAACCAAAAAAAAUGCAUCUGAUUAUAAAUGUAAAACAUAUUUUGAUUAGCUCUGCUAUAGCUUGUUUUUGAGGCUCUUUUCCUAUGCUCGUUUUAAGCCUCCUCUGAUAUACACCCCUGCCCUCCUGAAAAACCUUGCAAAGAUGUGUCACCCCAGGGCUUAUAAGCAGCAGGUUACCGCAUUGACCAAAUUGUCAUAAAUUAGUGAUAACUUGGUAUGUGACAGACAAGCCUUACCUUAUGUGUAGAUAAUAAACUAAUGUAAGUGUUGUGGUUCAAUUUUAUCUGUGGUUUAGGGGUUUUUUUAAGUGGUGGUGGGAAUAGUAAUGUUUUAUGGUGAGCAUGAAAAAAAGGAAAAUACCAUUUCAUUCAAAGAUAAAGUAGAACCACAACAUAAGUAACUGCUGAAAUAGUCGAAGCUGAUGCUAUCAGGAUCUCAGCUAGGAUUGGUUGGGUAGAAGGUGGGAAGCAAGAUUUCUGAGGCUCUAAUGUGUUUGCAGUGGAUUGUGAGAACAUUUUACUCUGUACCAUCUAUAUCUGGGACACUGUAAUAGAGAUGUUUUGUUUUUGGCUUUUAAGACAGGUUGAAGUUGUCUUUAUAUACAUUUGCUCUACAAGAGUGAAGUGAUUUUUGAAGGAAAUAUGAGUGACAAAUGUGUUUUUCUUAUUUCAUGUAAAAAAUAAGACAAAAGGUUGUAACUUUACAUCAGUAUGUAGCAUGCAAGCAAUGGCUCCAUAGGGGAUAUCGUGAGAGAAGUCUCAUGCAAGCAGCAUGUGAAAAUGAGAGCUUGCUAGUAGGCUCUAUCAGUACGGUGUAUCCUGAUUUCAGUGUAAAUUUAUGUUCCAAUCUUACAAAUUCAUAUACCCACCAUAUCUCUAUCAAAGUAUCUCACAGUACCAGAGUACAAUGUAAACACAGCCUUAGCAGAACAUGAUUAUAGCUUCCUAUUUUCCAAGCGGCUGUUAGAGCCAUUAAUCUUCAAACACUUCUAUUUUCAAUGGUCCUUGUAAUAACACCUGUUAUUGUUGUUAGGGCCUGUAUGUUAACAACUCUGUUGUUAAGGGCCUUGUUGGUAAUCCAGCAAAUCAUUCUGAGAGUGUUGUGGCAUCAUAGCUGCUACUUGUCCAGCCAGAAUCAAUAAAAAAACAGCUGCAUUUAUUAGCCAAUGAUCAUUCUACCACUAGCCUGUUGAGAACCUGAGUAAUGACAGUACUGUUUUAGAAUUUGUUACUUAUUUUAGUUUUUUUUCCCUCCAUUAGAUCUUUUCUCCAUGACUUAAUUUUACUUAGUGCUAAUUUCUGCUUAUUAGAAACUGUAACAAUUGCUGCCAUCACAACCUUACCACUUGUAUUCAUCAGCACAUGUGAAUAAAAUAUGCGAGAUUUGU